CGAAUUCGUUUGAAAGCGCGUGCUCGCGAUGCUCCAAUCACGUAUCACGAUAAGGCUGUUGGAGGGCUAGACCGGUAGUUGUGUCGGUUGAAAAUCGCGCGUCGUUGUAUUUGGUAAUUUUGUAUCAUCGAAACAGUAAACGACGCUGUGCUGCUGGUAAGAUCACAAAUUCCCUAUGGCAACAGCAACUUCUGUACUGCUGCUGCUUCUGGUGGCGGCAUGUCGGUGCCAGUCGGAGUCCAGUUUUGAGGAGCCAUUGCACAGCGAUGUGGCUCUCACAGAGCUGGAACGUGAGGGGAGAGACCAGUACCGGCAGGCUGUGGAGAGGAUAUCCAUGCCGCAGUCCGGGACCUGCUGGAAGCAGGCUGUUGCCGCCCUUCAGGGUGGCUGCCGGCAGCUCGACGAGAAGACCCAUGGUGAUCUGGCUCUGCGAUUUUCUGACUGUUUCCUGGAGAUGUCAGGGCUCGAGAAGCAUAACUGCCAAUUUGAAGACAAAGAAUGCCUGCGUGAAAUGAACCAGACUGCAUUUGAUACUUAUUCAAAGUUUUACAUCCACACACAAAGCAUGUGCUACUUCCUGUAUAAUCAAGCAUGGCAUCAGGAAACAGAAAAAACCAUAGCACGACUGACAACUACAUCUUCAAAGAUGUCACAGCAAUUGCAAGAGUCUGCCGAGGUGCAGAGCAAGAUGUUGUCAGAUCUCCUAUUGGUGAGCACCGUCGUGGGACAAGUAUCGACUGUACUGCUCGCCGUCCAGAAUCUCUUGCUCAGUGGCUCCUCGUUCUUUGGCACUGUGCUGUUCUUCACCGUGGCUGCAGUCGCCUUAGCAGCUCUCGGCCGAACGCGUUCCGGUUCCAGUAUGGUACCGCACAUGUUUGCUGUGCUGUUUGCUGGGGCCAUUGUGGAGACUGUUAUUGCAAAUUGGUUUGCUGAUGAUGCAGCAACUCAUUACCAGUGGGUGUGGUAUCUACGGUGCUUUGAAACAAUUUUGUGCACGGUACUGCUUGGUUACGCUGCUUGGAGGUACCAGCACUAUGGACCGGCAAACAACAGGUUGUUGAAAAUGAUUGACAACAAGAUUGAUCGGGUGCUGGUUGCAGUUCUAAGGAUCAAUAAGGUGAAAGGACCACUUCAGUCAACAUGUGUUAAAUGUGGACACAAUAAUGGAACAUAUUCGGAUAAUGCCUAUUACAACAUAAGCCAAAAAAAAGAAAAAUCACUGCCUGGGAUGUAUGAAAAUAGUAAAAGGGAGGAAACUGAAGACAAGCCAAGCAUUUUCUCGCAAUCAGCAUAUGCACCUUUCCUGCCGCAACAUACUCCAGUGGCAGCAGACAGCCCUUCCACGACCCGUUGGGCUAAGGCUGACUUCACUGGGUCCUUUGAAACCCGCUACUCCAGGCGGUCCAGUCUGCCACGCCGGAGUCCUACGCCAUUUGUCGAUGCCCAGCAAGUCGUGGCACCUCCGCCACCAUAUGAUUAUGUGGAUUUGAAAAGCGAGGCUAGAAAGGACACCACAGCUCCAUUGACAAGAAGAGAUUUUUACACACCAGAGCGUGAAACACGCAGCAGUACGGAGGUAAAGAAGGCCGUUGUGCGAAUAGAACCACUAAAAACUCAAGUAUCGGCCCCGACUCCACAGAGCCAGGCAUCGCAGACGCCACAGCCGCCGCGGCGACAGACACCGACAAGGAAAGUUCGGCAGGCAAAGAGUGAUUCUGAACAGAAAGCCCUGCAGCCCAGCUCAGAGUACAGUCUGCGCAGCCACAACAGGGACACGGGCUCUAUAGCUUGAGUUUUAACGUCACAGCAAAUGGGAUUGUGUCACAUUUUCAAAAGAUCUGAGUACAAUUUUUCCUUACCUUUAGCAUUUGGUGAUGUUCUUUUGCUGUCCAUUCCCAAUGACUUGACGUCAUAUAUCAGCUAUAUACAGAGGUCAUACAUAAAUAUGUCUUUAGCAGGAAUGAUUAGGAUGUCGGCUCGCAGAACCAUGCCCUUGGAUCAAAUCAGCUGAAGUGCAUUUUUAAUACUUUUUGAGUUGGUGUUAUUGCACAAAUGCAUGUAGUUGUUAAUUUUGUUACAUUGUAUGGUACUUAAAGAAUAUAUUAACUACAGAAUUUUUUGUACUUUAAUACUGAGAUAUCGUAACUCCCAUUUUCUGCUUAAGUGGCAGUUAAGAUAGUAUUGUUCUGAACUGUUGAUAUGUAAGCCUGCAUUACUGUUUUAUAUAUAUUUGCUUCUCAGAAUUGACUUGUCCUGUGUUCUCGUGUAUCUGCUUUAAAAUGUGAGAGUUCAGAAUACUUGACUAAUUUUUCUUCUGCAUCAACAACAUUCUAAAAUGUUCAAAUGUUACAACACUGUAAAGAUAAAUAUACAACACAAAUAACUAUAUUUUUUAUCUUUCGUCUAAAUAGCAUUAAAGUGAAACAUAAGUUCCCAAACUAUUGUUUACUGCAGUUGUUAAUAAUCUCUUAUUUUUCUGUUCUAACAGAAGUAUCUUGGUAGUUUAGCGUAUAAGACUGAUUCCUAGAGAUUAAACUAACUGUCAUUCAGAGCAGGAAUGAGUGUGUAAUUUUUAAAGUAAUUUGCCUUCUUUCUAAAUUUUGAAGUAAAUAGGACUUUGCUUUGAUUCUCUUACACACAAAUUUACAGUAUGCAAAAUAAAUUUCAUCCAUGUGAUCAAUUACUGAAACUGUGAUAGGAGCAGUUUUGAUGUAAAUAAAAUAAGCUAGGAGAUACAGUGCCUUCAUAUUUCAUGACUGAUGGAAGAGAUGAAUUGGUGAGUCUGCAUGAGCAUGCAUUGUUAUCUGAAAUUAAAUCCUCCUUGACAUAAGUGUGAUGAGGCAACCAGAACACCAAACUUGCAACAAUUACCAUUUGGGACAAUACUGUUUUCACAAAUCAGAAAUUGGGGUCACAAACAGCAGUCCGCCUCUUCUUAAAGUUCAAAAUAUUUCUUACUCGUCAGCACUUGUAAAUCUUUGAAGUGAAUUCUUUUUUGAAGUGCACCUUACUGCUUUAAGAAAUUGGUGCCCAUGCAAUGACCUUCCAAUGAGGUAUUUUUUUCAAAUUAACUUUUUACCUGAAUUUUAAAAUUAUGUUGCUUUUCAUUCAAAGUUAAUUACAGUUUAUAUCUAUCCUUAAUGUAAAAUAAGAGAGACAGUUUGUACACUUCGUUAACAAGUCCGGCUACACGAAACGGGCCCUAACCAAAUCACUCGUUCCAUAAGACUGCAGUAUAAAAAUUCAGUGUUUUAUUUGUUCAGUUCAUUAAAAUUUAGUGGGAAAUUGUACCUGAUAGCACUGAACUAAAAUUGCAAAAUGCGAAGCAAAACAGUCUGUGCACACCUACACUAGUAACUAGUAUACUUACUGUGAGCCACAAAUGGUUCUGUAAUUUUUUGGAAUCGUCUAGCAAAUGAAUCCUAGACACAGUCAAAGCUUAUUGGUGGAACUGCUCUGACUGUCCAGCCCAUUUUUAUGAUGCAUCUAAUUAGAAGCACAUAUGGGUGGAUCAGCAGUAUUAAAAUGCGCUGAACUACCUUAAUCUAUAUAAUAGAAGGAAACAUUCCACGUGGGAAAAAUUAUAUAUAAAAACAAAGAUGAGGUGACUUACCGAACGAAAGCGCUGGCAGGUCGAUAGACACACAAACAUACACACAAAAUUCAAGCU